AGUCUCACAGGUGCUAGACAGCCUGGAAGAAAUUCAUGCACUUACAGACUGCAGCGAAAAAGACUUAGAUUUUCUUCACAGUGUUUUCCAGGAUCAACAUCUUCACACGCUACUAGAUCUUUAUGACAAAAUAAACACAAAAUCUUCACCACAAAUCAGGAAUCCUCCAAGUGAUGCUGUACAGAGAGCCAAAGAGGUAUUGGAAGAAAUUUCAUGUUACCCAGAGAACAAUGAUGCAAAGGAGCUAAAGCGUAUUUUAACACAACCUCAUUUCAUGGCCUUACUUCAAACUCAUGAUGUAGUGGCACAUGAAGUUUACAGUGAUGAAGCGCUGAGAGUUACACCUCCUCCCACCUCUCCAUACUUAAACGGAGAUUCUCCAGAAAGCGCCAACGGUGACAUGGAUAUGGAGAAUGUAACACGGGUUCGACUGGUGCAGUUCCAGAAGAACACAGAUGAACCAAUGGGAAUCACUUUAAAAAUGAACGAGCUGAACCAUUGCAUUGUGGCAAGAAUUAUGCACGGAGGAAUGAUUCACCGACAAGGUACGCUACAUGUAGGGGAUGAAAUCCGAGAAAUAAACGGAAUCAGUGUGGCAAAUCAAACUGUAGAACAACUACAAAAAAUGCUUAGGGAAAUGCGUGGAAGUAUUACCUUUAAGAUUGUGCCAAGUUAUCGCACGCAAUCUUCCUCCUGUGAGAGAGAUUCCCCCUCUACAUCCAGACAGUCCCCAGCUAAUGGUCAUAGCAGCACUAACAAUUCUGUUUCGGACUUGCCAUCGACAACACAACCAAAAGGACGACAGAUAUAUGUAAGAGCACAAUUUGAAUAUGAUCCAGCAAAGGAUGACCUCAUUCCUUGCAAAGAAGCUGGCAUCAGAUUCCGAGUUGGUGAUAUUAUCCAAAUCAUAAGCAAAGAUGAUCAUAACUGGUGGCAGGGUAAACUUGAGAACUCCAAAAAUGGUACUGCAGGUCUUAUUCCUUCUCCUGAACUUCAAGAAUGGCGAGUUGCUUGUAUUGCCAUGGAGAAGACUAAACAGGAGCAACAGGCCAGCUGUACUUGGUUUGGAAAGAAAAAAAAGCAGUACAAAGACAAAUAUUUGGCAAAGCACAAUGCAGUGUUUGAUCAAUUAGAUCUCGUCACAUAUGAAGAAGUAGUAAAACUGCCAGCAUUCAAAAGGAAAACACUAGUCUUACUAGGUGCACAUGGUGUUGGAAGAAGACACAUAAAAAACACGCUCAUCACAAAACACCCGGACAGAUUUGCUUACCCCAUUCCCCACACAACCCGACCUCCAAAGAAAGAUGAAGAAAACGGGAAAAAUUACUACUUUGUAUCACAUGACCAAAUGAUGCAGGAUAUAUCAAACAAUGAAUAUUUGGAAUAUGGCAGCCAUGAGGAUGCAAUGUAUGGGACAAAACUGGAAACAAUACGAAAGAUCCAUGAGCAGGGACUAAUUGCAAUACUUGAUGUAGAACCUCAGGCACUGAAGGUCCUGAGAACUGCAGAGUUUGCUCCUUUUGUUGUUUUUAUUGCUGCACCUACGAUUACCCCAGGCAUUAAUGAGGAUGAAUCUCUUCAGCGCCUGCAGAAGGAGUCUGAAAUCUUACAGAGAACAUAUGCACACUACUUUGACCUAACAAUUAUCAACAAUGAAAUUGAUGAAACUAUCAGGCACCUGGAGGAAGCCAUCGAGCUUGUGUGUACAGCCUCACAGUGGGUCCCGGUCUCCUGGGUCUACUAGGCUGGUCACGAGAGAAUUGAAAAAAAAUGUCAUUACUGGGAACCGCCUCAUACAUGGAAAACCUCUUCGUUAUUGACCUUGUGUCAACAGGUCUUGGCCCCUAGAGACUACCUAGAUGUAGUGUGACCUAAAAUAUAAUUAUUGUCAUGUCCGAAUAGAUAGGAGGAUGGGAAAAAAAAUUAAACACUAAUUUAAAGAGACAGUAUCUCUUUUUUAAUCAUUUCUCCUAAACUUUAAUAAAAUGUAUCUUUAAAUAUGUGUAUUAUUCAGUCCUUUGGAAUGUUAUAUUUUUGGAAAUCAUAGCUUUUUAUUUCAAGGGCCCCUAAAAACUGCACAAAAUAGAUGCUGCUUUCUAUAAUCUAUUUUAAUAGUAAUAAUAUGAUUCUGUUACCUUAACUUGGGGGUGGAACACUACAUUCUUUUUAGAGUCUGAUUUUAUGGAUUGGAAUACUUUGCUUUCCUUUAUUUAUUUGAAGUAAUUAGUCUAGUGGUUAAGAAACAAAUUCAUAAAUUUUACAGGCCUGUUUUCGCUUUUUUUUUUUUCUAGGAUAGCAUUUUUAAGUACUUUUGUGUAACAUCCAGAUAAUGUGAUACUGUCUCUUUGAAGAACUCUGUAAAACUUUUAGAAAUUUGAAAUUGGGUCUUGACUCUUAAUGCAUGUGGACAGUCGCAAGCGUUCAUGCCGUUGGUGUAUCUGUGUUGAUAAAACCUGUAAUCUACAGCAAAGUACAUUCCGUUCAUGGGAACACGUACCCAAGGGAAUAAAGUAAAAUAUUAUUCUAAGUUGUAAACCUAUGCACAUCCCUUGCAUUUUGGGCAACUUUAUAAAAAAAGAAAAAAAAACAAAACUGAUUUUUAUUAAUAAUAAUCAUGUAGUGAAAUGUGUUUGUAAUUUUGUCUCAAUUUAAUUUGUUGUAAGGUGGGAGGGGGCAAUUACUGGUUUCACCAUUUCAGAUCUGUGUUGUCUGAGAGUAUUAACGUUUUAAUUAAGUUUAAGCAAAGAAAUGCUGAUUUUUAAUAUGUAUGUAAUUGUUUAAAAAUGCACACAUUUUAAAAGAAAAUACUGUGCAAUGGAGAAACCAGUUUAGGCAUUGCGAUAAACUGACUAUUCCAAAAGACUCAUCUACAACAGCCCUGUAAAUUCCUUUAAAAAUGGUAAUUGACUCUACAGUCUGACCAAUUUUUUUUAUUUUAAAUAUACUUCCUUUUAUGUGUUCAACAA